AUGUCAUCCUUCAUCCUCGUUGGUAUCGUUGGGCUCUCCCUUGGAUCUAUCUUCCGAACAUGGAACAACUACAGACAAAGCCGGAUCGCGACGGAAAAGAGGCUCUUGGAAGACAUUGUAGGGCUGUCUCACGCGAUCGAAAAGAAGGAAAAGGAGAUCAAGGCUCUGCAGGGGAGAUUGACGGCCGUUUCGACUGAGGUGGUUGACAAGAACCAAACCAUUUCGAAUUUGGAACGGCAGGUCGAGCAAGCCUGGUGGGAGGUAGCAGACAAGGAGCAUUCGGCCAAGAAAGUCGAUGAACAGAACCAGCAGCUGACGAGGGAGCUGGAAGUCGCAAGGGAAGCUGCGUCCAAUGGGAAGGCAGCUCACGCGUCGGAGGACCCUGCUGGCUCGGUCUCCAGCGAGGACACUGAUAGCCCCGUCGACACACGCUCAGUCAUCUCCGAUCGUCUUUCAACCGCAGACGUGAUGAAUAACCUCUCGGCUCUCAACACGGAAGUUCUCCAACUCGCAUUCGCCAUGGCAGAGUACUUCGCGUCUCCUGACAUUCCUCGACAGGACGAUGAGGACGAGGUCAAUGCCGAGGCUGUGAGGCAGGCGGUUGAGGUUAUUGGUGAUGGCAUGGUCUUGUGGCUGAGGCGUGGACGUAACAACCGGGAAUCAAAGUUCCUGCGCGUCGCCUUCCAGGCGUGCAUGAGCGCGUUUUCCGACUGGAUGGCUUCUUCAUGGUACUUUGAAGACCCCGACAGCGAGCAGUUCUUGACGAAGAUAUACGAAAAGAUACGAGAAACAGAGAGUCAAGCCGUUGCUGGUCAAUGGCGAGUCUUGACACGAAAACACGUCCAACGGCUAUUACAGAACAAACCAGAUAUUGCUGAAUACUUCCUCGACGCCUUCAGUAACAUCUUGAUGGCCAUAGGAUUCGGUAAUGAUCAAGCGCUGAUGCAGAACAUCAUUCGUUCCGAAUUUGGAGAUCGUAUGGGAAGGAUAGGAUGCUUGGCGCUGGAAUUGAACAAAGCCAUUGGCGAAGGCAUUGUCUCAAGCGAGAUUGAACCAAUAUAUGUCGCUCCCGGUGUGGCCUUUGAUCCGGCAGUCAUGGACGACGACGAACUAUUCACGAACAACCCUCAAGACAGUCCCUCAGAGUCAGAGACGAUAUUAUGCACUACGAGGCUUGGCCUUCUGUGGACUGGCGAAGGUUCUGCGGAAAGUCGGUGGGAUGAGAAAAUCCUCCUUCGUCCACGGAUAAUUAUUUACAUCACCCCCCCCAAUGCCAAAGUCAUUUGUUUAUAUUCUCCUGUUCCCUGUCCCCUGUCCCCUCUGCACUUCGGUUUACCAGUAGGUUACCUCCAUGGCGCCGCCCUCGAUGUGUCGCACAUAAUUAAAGGCACCGGUUUGUAG